AUGGCGGCUGUGCAUGAUGGCCCGAACGAUCUGGAGAGCGAGAAAGAAACUAAAGCAGAGAUUCUAAACGAUGGACCUGCUGGGAAUCUGUCCGGAAUGUCGACUGGAACACUUUCGUCUCCCACGGUCUCUGCUCCUGAAGCCGGAGCUGCUAAACCCGAGGAGCAGCAGACUUUACUGGCCGUGCUGCAGUUCCUGAAGAGGAAUAACCUGACCGAGUCGGUGGAGAUCCUGCGCAGGGAGGCGCGUAUAGCGAAGGAGCUGGAGGAGGCGGGCGAGGCGGAGGCUGCAGGGACCGGGCUGAGCGGCGCUGCUGCUGCCGCCGCCGUGGACGGGAACUCUCUGCUCAGCAGGGUGUCCUUUCAAUCUAGUGCUCCCGCUAAAGCUACAGGUGGAGAGGAUCAGCCAGACGUCAAUGUUGUUCUCUCAGCGUACAGCCAACAGGGAGAUCCUUCCCUCUAUCAGGUGUACUACAGCAGCCUGAAAAAAUUCAUAGAUUCUGUGCUGGACUGCCACAGGGCCGAGCUGUCACAACUCUUCUACCCGCUCUUUGUUCACAUGUAUCUAGAGCUGGUCUACAACAACCAAGAAAAUGAAGCGAAGGCAUUUUUCGAAAAGUUUAGUGGCGAUCAGGAAUGCUACUACAAGGACGACCUCCGAGUACUUUCAAGCCUCACCAAGAAGGAGCACAUGAAGGGCAACGAGACGCUGCUAGAUUUCCGAACCAGUCGGUUUGUGCUGCGCAUCUCACGUGACUCCUACCAGCAGCUAAAACGGCACCUGCAGGAGCGCCAGAACAAUCAGAUCUGGAACAUCAUCCAGGAGCACCUUUACAUUGACAUUUUCGAUGGCAUGCCACGCAGCAAGGGUCAGAUUGACAGCACGUCCGGCAGUCUGGCCGGAGAGGCCCGCAGAGAGGCUAACAAGGCCAAGGUAUUCUACGGCUUGCUGAAGGAGCCAGAAAUUGAGGUUCCUCUAGACGAUGAGGAUGAAGAGGCAGAAAACGAAGAGGGCAAACCCAAAAAGAAGAAACCCAAGAAGGACAGCAUGGGCUCAAAAAGCAAAAAGCAAGACCCCAAUGCACCACAACAAAACAGGAUUCCUCUACCAGAACUGAAGGAUUCUGAUAAGCUAGAUAAAAUUAUGUACAUGAAAGAGACCUCCAAAAAGCUCCGCCUUGGUCCAGAGAUGCUGCCCUCUAUAUGCUUUUACACGUUCCUCAAUGCUUACCAGGGUCUGACUGCAGUGGACUUUACAGACGACUCCAGUCUGAUAGCAGGAGGUUUUGCUGAUUCCACAGUGCGAGUAUGGAGCGUCACACCCAAGAAACUGCGCAAGGUGAAAUCAGCAGCAGAUCUCAGCCUAAUAGACAAGGAGUCCGACGAUGUGCUGGAAAGGAUCAUGGAUGAGAGAACGGCCAGCGAGUCCAAGAUCCUAUACGGCCACAGCGGCCCGGUAUACGCGGUCAGCUUCAGUCCCGACAGGAACUAUCUGUUAUCCAGCUCUGAAGAUGGAACCGUCAGGCUGUGGAGCUUGCAGACGUUUACCUGCCUGGUUGCAUAUAAAGGACACAAUUAUCCAGUGUGGGAUGCUCAGUUCUCCCCACAUGGGUAUUACUUUGUAUCGGCAGGACAUGACCGAGUGGCCCGAUUAUGGGCGACUGACCACUACCAGCCACUGCGCAUGUUUGCCGGACAUCUUGCUGACAUCACCUGCACUCGCUUUCACCCAAACUCCAAUUACAUAGCCACGGGUUCAGCUGACCGCACAGUGCGUCUCUGGGAUGUUCUGAACGGCAACUGUGUCAGAAUUUUAACUGGGCACAAGGGACCCAUCCACUCAUUGGCAUUCUCACCCAGUGGCAAAUUCCUGGCGUCUGGCUCGACGGAUGGAAGGGUACUCCUGUGGGAUAUAGGCCACGGGCUGAUGAUCGGAGAGUUGAAGGGCCACACCGACACCAUCUAUGCACUAAAGUUCAGCCGAGAUGGAGAUAUCCUGGCCUCAGGCUCUAUGGACAACACAGUACGGUUGUGGGAUGCCUUCAGGGCCAUCGAUGAUAUAGAAACAGACGAUUUCACAGCAGCCACUGGCCACGUUCACAUACCCGACAACUCCCAGGAAUUAUUACUAGGAACGUACCUAACCAAAUCCACCCACAUUAUUCAUGUACACUUCACAAGACGCAACCUUCUACUAGCCGCAGGUGCAUACAAUCCCCAGUGAGUGCAGCCUGGCAAUGUGGCUUUAAUAACCAUGUCAUUUUAUCCUUCCAUGACUGAAUGAUGUAGCGCUCAAAAGGACUUGUACCGCUCAAGCAUAAUCAUCUUUCCUAAUGGGAUGUUUAAAGUGAGACUGAACUAAUUCCCUUUGAACCAUGUGGGCAUUUGUAUCACAUUUUAAGUUAUACAAACUACAAUUUUACAUUUUUUAAGUUUGUUUCUGGACAUCACUGCCAUAGAGAUUUGUCACAGCUUCCAACACUGUACAGUCUUUUUUUAAAUGGUGCUCAAUGUGUAAAUAAAACAGGUUUUCUAUA